AUGGAGAAACCCGCUACUGACCAUGCAUCACAAGAAGCACCGAAGGAAACCCCCGAUGCAGCGCCCAAGUCGCCCACAGCCCCUCCAAAGGGCUCGACGGUGUUGUCUCUUACCAUUGCCCUCUGUCUAGGCAUUUUUUGCAUGUCCUUGGAUGUCACCAUCAUUGCUACGGCCAUCCCGCACAUCGCCGACCAAUUCAACUCUCUGGACGACGUAGGAUGGUACGGGAGUUCGUAUCUGCUCACCAAUUGCGCCACUACCCUGGCAUUUGGCAAGUUCUAUACCUACUACUCGACGAAAUGGGUGUAUCUCUCGGCCCUCUGCCUGUUCGAGAUCGGGUCCGCCGUCUGCGGAGCGACUCCCAACUCUCUCGGCCUCAUCCUGGGUCGAUGCCUGGCUGGUCUGGGUGCCGGGGGUCUCUUCUCCGGCAGUCUACUGAUCAUCGCCCAGGUGGUGCCUUUACAUCGGCGUCCGGUGUUCACGGCCUUGCUGGGUAGCAUGUUUGGAAUUGCUAGCGUCAUUGGUCCCCCCCUGGGUGGCGCUUUUACCGAUCACGUCUCGUGGCGAUGGUGUUUCUACAUCAACCUCCCCAUCGGUGCCGUGACGGGUCUCUUUGUGUUCUUCCUCUUCCACGCCCCCGGACCAGUUCAGAGGCGACCGAAUUUCCGUCAUCUGCUGGGAAAGCUUGAUCCGAUAGGGACGGGCCUCUUCUUGCCUGCCAUCGUCUGUCUGCUGCUGGCGCUGCAGUGGGGAGGUAACCAGUACGCGUGGGAUAACUGGCGUAUCAUCGUGCUGUUCGUGGUCGCGGGGGUGCUUCUGCUCGCCUUCGGAGGCUGUCAAGUCUGGCAGGGCGAUGAUGCCACCCUCCCGCCACGAAUCCUGCGCAAUCGCAACAUCUGGUCGUCGGCCUGGUUUGCCCUGACGCUAAAUGGCGCCUACUUCGUGUUCACUUACUAUCUUCCCAUCUGGUUCCAAUCCAUCAAAUCCGCCUCGGCCACCAAAUCCGGCGUCAUGAGCCUCCCCAGUAUCCUCGCCGUCGUGCUCGUUUCCAUUCUCUCCGGAGUCACCGUCACGCUCUCCGGCUACUACAAUCCCUUCAUGUUCCUGGCGUCGAGCAUCCUCGCGGUGGGCGCGGGACUCCUCAGCACCUUGCAGCCCAAGUCGGGCCCAGGCCAGUGGAUCGGCUACCAGAUCCUCGAAGGCAUCGGAGUCGGCCUCGGCCAGCAACUGCCCUUCGUGGUCGUGCAGAAUGUGCUGCCGGACCGCGACGUCCCCACGGGGACCGCGGUGGUCACCUUUGCCCAGACCCUGGGAGGGGCGAUCUUCAUCUCCGUGGCCCAGAGCGUCUUCACGAACCAGUUCACGCGCGUCAUGCAUGUUGAGGAUCCCUCCGUUAACGUGACCGAGAUUCUGGCCGCGGGGACGACCACGCUGCGCCAAAAGCUGCGGGGGGAUCAGCUGGAGACCGUCCUGCGGUCCUACAACUCCGCCGUAACCCAGGCAUUCUACGUGGGGGUUGCGCUGGCGGCGCUUUCGGUGUUUGGAACGGUUGCCUUGGAAUGGAGGUCGGUCAAGAAGACGGAGAAACCCGCGCCUGGCGAGGCGGAUGCUCGCUAG